GAUGCGAGGGGCGUCUGGACGCCUCGGCUGGGUUGAUAAGCGUACACAGUCGCUGCGCAGCCAUCGGUCCGAGCGGUGGAGGGGAUUCAACACAUUACGUUCCGAUAAAGCAUUAGUCAUGGACGACCUCAUUUUAUCCAUUAAUAAACUCCAGGACAAGUUUAUAGCCCUCGGUAAAGAACAAGUAAAUUUACCUCAAAUCGUCGUGGUAGGAGCCCAGAGCGCCGGCAAGAGCUCCGUGCUGGAGUCACUAGUGCGUCGCAACUUCCUUCCCCGCGGAACCGACGUUGUCACCCGCUGCCCACUGAUCCUACAACUCGUCAACUGUCCCAAAAAUCCGGAGGGAGAUAAGAUACGCAAGAGUAAGGGUAUUUCUCAUGACGAAUGGGGCGAAUUUCUCAAGAACGACAACAAUGCUUACGAAAUGUACGAAAUUGGUCAGAUUGAGAGUCAAAUUAUGAGCAGGACAGCGAGCCUUGCAGGUGAUUCGAAAAACAUAUCUCGAGCCCGAAUAACGCUCAGGAUAUUCUCUCCCAGCGUCCUGACACUGACACUUGUGGAUUUACCAGGAGUCACGAAAGUUCCAGUUGGAGACCAGCCUAUUGACAUAGAAGACCAGAUUCUGGACCUUAUUAAAAGUUUCAUUGAGAAUCCCGAAAGUAUCAUUCUAGCUGUCACUCCAGGCAAUACAGACAUGGCGACCAGCGAUUCUCUUAAAUUGGCAAAGCAAGUUGAUCCAAAAGGUGAACGCACCUUAGCCGUUGUGACAAAAGUGGAUAAAAUGGAAGGAUCUAGUGCAGAGGAUGUGUUAACUGGAAAAUGUAUUCCUGUGAAACUCGGCAUAAUUGGUGUUAUCAACAGAUCUCAAGAGGAUUUAAAAAAAGGAAAGAGUAUUGAAGAUGCUAUUAAAAAUGAAGAGGAUUACUUGCAGAGGGAAUACCCAGAGUUGGCUGAUAAGCACGGGAGCGCGUACCUCGCAAAAAAGUUACAAACACUACUUGUAAAGCAUAUUCAAGCUCACAUCCCUGAAAUGAGACAUUCGUUUCUCCUAAAUAUUGACGAGUGCAAGCGUAUUUUGGAUAAGUGUGGGGGUAAAAUAGAUGGACGCAGUUGCCUCGAAUAUUCUAUUUCUACGUUCUGCGAAUCUUUCGGCAAUACGAUAAAAGGAGAAUCCGCUGAUGUGGAGUCGGCGAUUCUGACUGGUGGAGCCAAACUACAUUGCUUGUUUGAAAAUCUGGAAACUUCUCUUCUACAAGUCAAACCUUGUGAGGUAUUUAGUUUAGAACAAGUUAUUUUAGCAAUUCGCCUCACCAGUGGAGUCGAGCUACCACUGGUACUCGCCGAACACGCAUUUGAUCAGCUGAUGAAACCGCUCGUAAAACGUACAAAAGAGCCAUCACUGGAAUGCAUCAGUGAAGUCUGCAGAGAACUGAAAAAUGUUUGCAGAAAUUCUUUUCCUGAGGAAACUGCCACAAGAUUUCCCGCUGCAGGUGAAGAAGUCUGUAAGAUAGUGGAUGGAAUGAUCGACGACUUGACUAAAACAGCAAAGGACUAUGUCUUGCAAGCCAUUUUCAUUGAAGAAAGGCAUAUAACUCGCGGCCAACUCAGUAAAAUAAUAAGUGGUUCACGGGUGCUAGAUGUUCUGACCAUCAAGGAGUUACAGUCGUUUCCGAAAAUUCAGUUUCGAAGUGACCCCAACUUUACUUCAUCGGGGAAAUCCAAUAUUGGAAAAUUAAAUCCGACGAUCAAAGACAUGAGACAUGCUGUCCUUCUUGGUGACAUGCUUAAUGUUUAUUAUGAACAACUUGCGAAUCGAAUUUGGGAUACAGUGGUGAAGGCCACAAUGGCCCUCUUGGUAAAGGAACUAGACAAGGGCCUGCAGCUAAAACUUGCCUCUCAGCUGAACGACAAGGUGGAUCAACUGUUUAUAGAAGGAGAUAGUAUAUCUCAGCUGAGAAGCAAGGCAGAGAGAGAAUUACAGGUACUGGAAGAGUCUCUUGGUGAACUUGAUGGAUUGGACUUCAUAAUGACCAAGCAGUGAGGAUCGUAACUACUGCAUCCGUCGUAAAUCAAAACAGUGUAACCAGCAGCGCGGAAGAAAGAAGAGGUUUUGUGAUUUUUUUUUCCAAUUAAUGUAA